AUGUUCUGGUGGAAAACCGAAAAAAUCCAACAACCGAUUAGUGAGUUUGACGCAAGAGCUAACCGCAAAAUAGUGGAGAAUGUUCAGAGCGGUUUGCAGAUUUCUAUCCUAAAGGCACUAAACGCGACAUAUGCUCGUUUGCCGGCUUUCCGAAGCCCAACGAGAAAUUGUCGGCUCAGUUGGGCUACUGUGGACACACUGCGUGGUGUGCUUCGGCUUUAUUUGCAACACGCGUAGAUGUCAGCAUUUUAGGACGUUCUCAGUCGAAAAGAUCGCUCCGAAUGGACUGCAAAUCAGUGUUGACUGUGAGCCGGUGAUUCGGGAGUUGAAGGCGUUCAAAGAAUGGUCUGUGGAGGCGGACGUCUCCAUCAGAUUGCUGAAUCAUUCGAACAAGGAUAGGUCGCUGAUCAAGACGUCGUUCGGAACGAAAUUCGAUGCGGAACAAUCCUGGAGCGUCACUCUCGACCAAGCAGUCUUCGCGAAAAAUUCUGGAUUCCUGAACGGAGACGGCAUCAUUUUUCAGAUUGUUAUCGGAAUCACUGAGAUCGUAGGGCUGUACUCGGGAAAUUUCACCGAUUUCUCGGUGAGCAAAGAGAGCGAGGACGAAGCCAUUCUUCUCGUCGGAAACCAGAAAUUCCACGUCUCCAAGCAGGUUUUGCGCUGAAAGCGCGUUCCAAUUGUCAGCAUUUUGUUGUGUCGUUACAGAUUCUGUGCAUGCACUCGGUCUUCUUCAAAACCAUGUUUCACGGAAAUUUUGCCGAAAAAAACAGAUCGGAAAUCCCGAUUCUCGGAGUCGACAUUGACUCGUUUCAUCUGUUGCUCCAGUUCAUUUACAUGGCUCCAAUUCACAUUUUUGGUGCGAAUUUGUCAACAAAAAAUGGCGCAAUUUCUCUCACAAUUCGAAUUUACAGAAGAGAACGUGUUCCAACUUCUCGAGAUGGGCGAUCGUUUUCUGGUGAAGAGACUGAUGAGAGCGUGUGAGAAUUUUCUGGACGACUGCGAUUUGGACGAGAAAAAAGUGAUUGAGUUGGCAGCGAUGUACAAGUUUGAGAGAAUUUUGGUGACACUUUAGAUAUUGCAUGCAUUGCAAACACGCUAUUUUUUUAGUGCAAGAAGAUUUCGAGAAUGAAAAGUGUAGAGCAGUUGGAAGCUGCGUUUCCGUCGAUUGAAACCCUUCCUCCGACCGCUUCUUCGUACUUUAUGUUCAAAUUGGGAGAGUUGAAGGACGAUUUGCACUCGUGCGUUUCCACAACCGACGAUAAUCUGUCAUCCUCGUCUGUAGAUUCCGAUUGA